UUAAGCUUUGUUCUCCUCUCGCCGACACGAUAGACGAUGGUGCAAUGAUGGUGUUUGCCUCGACGACAAGGAGCACGUUGCGCGGCGCAAGGCCAUCGUUGCGGCAAGUCGUCUCCAAUUGCCGAAACCGGAGAAGAGGUUUUUUCAGCAGCGCCGUUCGGAGUACCUCGAUAGCGUCAGGGCAAGCGGGAACGAAGGACGAGGCAGGGCCUCCUCGGACCAUCUUUUCGGGCAUCCAGCCAACGGGGACGCCGCAUCUCGGCAACUACCUGGGGGCACUGCAGAAUUGGGUCAGGCUGCAAGAGGAGGCGACCGCGACCGGCGACUCUGUCAUCUUUUCUAUCGUGGGUCUGCAUGCCAUUACAAUGCCUCAGAAUCCCCAGCAGCUCCGUGUGGAACGGAAAGACAUGCUUGCGAGCCUCUUGGCCAUCGGCCUGGAUCCAGAGCGGAGCAUUCUCUUUCACCAAGACCAGGUGCAGGAGCACGCCGAGCUGGCUUGGUACCUCAACUGCCUCACGUCCGUCGGACGGCUGAACAGAAUGACUACGUGGAAAUCCAAGCUUGCUACCGCUCGGGGGAGUUCCGAUGCGGCGGAAUCAGCCGGCGGCGGAGAGGAAGGGGCGCUGGCGCUGGGAUUGUUUGCUUACCCGGUCUUACAGGCUGCGGACAUCCUCUUGUAUCGUACGCAACAAAGGGCUACGCAUGUACCUGUGGGCGAAGACCAGGUCCAGCAUCUCGAGCUCUCGCGCGACAUUGCCGAUUUGUUCAAUCGGACCUACAAGCAAAAGCUAUUUCCCCCUCCUCAGCACAUCAUUACACCUACAAAACGGGUUUUGUCACUGCGAGAUCCGACCUCGAAGAUGUCUAAAUCGGCGCCGGAUGCAAGCUCGAGGAUCCUCAUCACGGACUCGCCCGACGUGGUGCGCUCCAAGAUCAAGAAGGCCGUGACAGAUGGCGAGACGCAGAUGAGCUACGAUCCGGAAAAGAGACCGGGAGUGAGCAACCUCCUGGGUAUUGCUUCCGCUCUGAUGGGAAGAGACGAUCCAGCUUUGUUGGCAGAGGACCUCAACAAGGAGGGCGGAGGCGGCGGAGCCCUCAAGAAUGCAGUUUCAGACGCCAUCAUCGAGGCCCUCCGCCCGAUACAGGAGCGUCUGCAGAGAAUCCAAAAUGAGCCGGCGUACCUUGCAGAGGUGGAGAGGAAGGGACGAGAAAAGGCCAGAGAGAGGGCGGGUCCGACGAUGGAAAAGGUCAGGAGACUCGUCGGUCUUUCAGAUUGAGAGAGCUGUGUACGAUAUAGAAUACAACGAGAAAUUCGCUCGAUAAUCUAUCGAGAGAGAAAGUGUGUGUAUGCACAAGAGAACAAGCGAACAGAGCAUGUUAAGAGCCCAGAACGAGCUUCUCUCC